UUGUGUCAGAGCGGGUAGGAUCCAUAAUAUUAACUAUGUCAAGCCCAUCUAUACCCCUUUUUUUGCUGAUGAUUGAUUCUUUAAUCCUUCAUCGUCUCCCAUACGUUCGUUACAAGUCAUGGCGAUCAUGGCCUCGUCAAGGGCGUCGCGAACCUUGCUGCUUCGUUGCUCGUUGCUCUUUUCUUUUUUCCUAUUCGUUAUUCUCCAAAGCGUUAUUCCAUCUGCUGCUGCACAGAGCCAUAGCCACCGAAGCCUGAACCACCGAAACACCGCAGGAACUAGCAAUAUCGAUGAUGCACAGGCGCUUGUGAAUGAGGCGUUGAAAGGUAUUGCGGCAGCAAAUAAACUUCGUGUGGAAAACCCAAGGCGCGACAAAUCCGGAUACCGCCAAGGCGCUUUCGAAAGUGCCGCGAACGUCCAGAGAUCGAGCAGCUCAUUUGAGGCUCGCAGCAAUGCGUCUUCGAUUGACUAUGUCAUUCCCGAGAGCGUCAUCACCGCUGCAAAGUCCCUUGCCGAGUCUCGCAGCCAUACAAGGGGCGCGACCAUUGACAGUGUGGCGAAGGCAGCAAAGCUCAAAGCGCAGUACUGGCCAAAGAGAAGCGAUGCGGACACAGCAAGCCACUCUGCAAGGGACAGCGGCAGCCUCGAAACGCGGGCUUCUGCAUUCUGGAUGGAAAAUAUGAGCAUGAAUGGACGUAGCCCUUUGGCCCCAUCAGACUACGUCGUCUUCAGAAACGUCAAGGACUACGGGGCUGUCGGUGACGGGGUUCACGACGACACGGCUGCAAUAAAUUCUGCCAUCUCGUCAGGAUCCCGUUGCGGUCAGGCAUGCGGUUCUAGCACAAUUCUCCCAGCUGUUGUAUAUUUCCCUUCUGGCACUUAUCUCAUUAGUGGUUCCAUCACGCAGUACUACAACACCCAAUUACUUGGCAAUCCAUUGAACAGACCAACCAUUCUUGCUGCAUCGAGUUUCGUGGGGUUGGGAGCGAUUUCUUCUGAUGUACAUGCUACUGAUGGCUCCGUGUGGUACACGCCUCAAAACAAUUUCUACAGAUCUAUCCGCAACUUAGUAAUCGAUAUAACUAAUACUGAUCCUAAUGCAUAUGUUUGUGGUAUUCAUUGGGAAAUUGCCCAAGCUACCGACCUUCAAAAUAUUGACUUCUACAUGAAAUCUGGCACGACUCAACAGGGUAUUUAUAUGGAAGAUGGAAGCGGUGGCUUCAUGACUGACCUUUACUUCAGUGGAGGAAACUUUGGUGCCUACUUUGGUAACCAGCAAUUCACAACCCGUAAUCUUCUUUUCAACGGCUGCAAGACUGCAAUUCAAAUCUUCUGGGAUUGGGGUUGGACUUUGCAAGGGAUCGCGGUUGUUUCUGGAACCACAGGGAUUACAGUUACCGGCGGAGCGGACACCUCACACGGCGGCGCAGGUGUGGGCGCAAUGCUUAUCACCGAUUCCACAUUCUCCGCUCUCGCUGUUGGUAUCUCAACAUCGCUCCUGACGGGUGCCCCUACAAAUGUGGUGGUCCAGAACACUGUUUUCACCGGCUGCACCAUCGCCAUCCAAGAUGUACAAGUGCCACAAACAUUGGUGGCCGGCAGCACCUCGAGUGUUAAACUCGCAUCGUGGGGCAUGGGCAACCUCGUUCAAGGCACCUCAAGCACAGCAUCUUUCCAAAGCGGAAAGACCAUCGCAGCACCAAGCAGAGCUGCAAGUCUUGUCGAUUCCUCGACCAACAAUUUUUUCACCCGUAGUGCUCCGACUUACGAAGAUAUUGCUGCGUCAUCUAUGGUCAACAUCAAGUCUCAGGGCGCAAAGGGAGACGGCGUCACUGAUGACAGUGCAAUCAUUAAUCAAGUUCUUGCGGCUGCUGCGAAAUCCAACUCCAUCGUAUUUUUCCCAUUUGGUAUCUACUUGGUCAAAGACACUGUCAAGGUCCCCGUCGGGUCUAGAAUUGUUGGUCAAGCGUGGUCGCAAAUUAUGGCAUCUGGGACUAAUUUCCAGGAUAUGUCACAACCUCGUGCUGUUGUGAAAGUCGGAACUGCCGGGGAUAAUGGAGUUAUUGAGAUCUCUGACAUGAUGAUCACCGUCUCUGGCGGUACUGCAGGUGCUGUGCUGAUUGAAUGGAAUGUCCAUGAAUCAACCCAGGGGUCUGCUGCUAUGUGGAAUACGAACAUGCGUGUUGGUGGAGCUCGAGGAUCCCAACUCCAAGCCGCUAAUUGUCCUAAACUGAGUGGGGCCGUCAAAUCAGCCUGUGUUGCAGCAUCGCUGCAAUUGCAUUUGACCUCUAGCUCUUCGGCUUAUCUCGAGAAUAUCUGGGCAUGGACAGCAGAUCACGAUCUCGACAUCACUUCACAAGCCCAAAUAGACGUCUAUUCUGGAAGAGGUAUUCUCAUUGAGAGUAAAGGACCCACGUGGCUAUGGGGCACCGCAUCUGAACACAAUGUGUUAUAUCAAUAUGCACUCUCGAAUGCCAAAACAACAUUCCUCGGCUUGAUACAAACUGAGUCGCCAUAUUUCCAACCCGCACCUAAAGCCCCACUUCCUUUCACUCUCGGAAAUUUUGCGAACGACCCGAGCUUCUCUGAUUGUUCUUCUACCUCAACUACUUGUGCUGUCUCAUGGGCGCUUCAUAUCGUCAAUUCAGCAACAACUUACAUCUACAGUGCCGGGCUUUACAGCUGGUUUAAUGGCUACUUGCAAGAUUGCUUGAAUACAGAAAAUUGCCAAACUAGACUGAUUAAUAUCGAAUCCAGCUCUGAUCUUUGGAUCUACAAUUUGAUGACAAAGGGGGCACUUGAAAUGAUUAGUCCAUUGGGGGAAACGCCCACGUACGCCUCGGACAAUAUGAAUGGAUUCAUGUCUACGGUAAUGGCCUGGCUUGAGGGAUCCUCAAGAGUCGUUGGAUCACCACCCCCGACUACGUGUCAAACAGUUUCUGGAAUGGCCUCACCAACACCUGCAAACUCCGUUUGCGGACUAAAGGGUAGUUCAUAUACGCUCUCCGGUGCUGGAACCCUUGCUGGAUAUGUUGCUGGCAGUCCUUAUGUUGUAAGUCUUGCCGCUUGUAGCGCAAAAUGUCUAGCAACUUCUUGCUGUACAAAUGUCUUUUUCAUCCAAGGCAGCAAUUGUAACUUGCAUUAUGGUCCUAGGGCUCUUUUGAGUGGUGUCGGAUCGUUCAGUUACUACGAUGCGACCUGCUUUACCUGUGGAGAGCUGAGCUGUACCUCGACCUCAACAACAGCUACACCCACUUCCACAACUCACACGACAACGUCCACACCUUCCUGUAGAACAGUCUCUGGUCUCGCCUCGCCAACUCCCUCAAGCGCCAUUUGUGGACUUAAAGGCACAUCGCAUGCUGCACCAGGUGCUGGAUCUAUUAUAGGAUAUGGUAUUGGCAGCCCUUAUGUUGCAUCUCUUGCUAGUUGCAGUGCACAGUGUCUGGUAACUUCCUGCUGUACGAAUGUCUAUUUCAUUCAAGGAUCAGCCUGCAACCUGCAUUAUGGACCGAACGCUUUUGAUCAGGGUGUUGGAGUUGGAAGUACCCAGUUUGAAUUUUACAACGCUUCCUGUUUUACUUGCGGAACUCUACCAAGCUGCACCUCAACCUCAACCUCAACUACGCCUACUUGUAAAACAGUCUCUGGUAUCAUCUCACCAACUCCCUCAGCCGCUAUCUGCGGAGGUAAGGGUUCUUCACUCGCCGCUUCCAAUGCUGGAACUAUUGUUGGAUAUGUCGCUGGUAGCCCUUACGUGGCAAGUCUUGCUGCUUGUAGCGCAAAGUGUCUAGCAACAUCGUGCUGUACAAACAUCUAUUUCAUCCAGGGGAAAAAUUGCAACUUACAUUAUGGACCGAAGGCUUUUAAUAGCAACGUUGGUAACCCAUUGUUCAACUACUAUGAUGCGACUUGUUUUACUUGCGGAUCGUUGAGCUGCUCUAAAUAGUUAGGUAUAUUAUCUAUUAUGGCAUGGUGGGCCUAAAAUAUCUAUAACAAUAUAA